CAUUGCAGCUUUUUUUUGACUCGGCGAUCUCUUGUAUUUCAUUUUCUUCUCUUUCGUCAUAUUCAAUAUCGAUAGAAUCGCUUGCUUGAACCCGUGCCCCCCCUCUAAACCUCGACCACAGCCACCGCCGCCAUGCGCCUGACCGUCGAGCUCAUCCAUCAUUCCCUUUCAUACAUUAAUCCGCUCAAGGAUCGUGAGCUGGAUCUCCGAGGGCACAAGAUCCCCACAAUUGAGAACUUGGGUAUUGCAAAGGACCAAGAUACAAUUGAUUUCACGGACAACGACCUCUCUUCCCUCGGGAACUUCCCUUUCUUCCCUCGCCUUCGUUCUCUCCUCCUCGCGCGCAACCGAAUCAAUCACAUCCAACCCAACUUGGGGUCAUCAAUUCCGUCUCUGACUACCCUGGUGUUGACAUCGAACAACCUAUCCGAGCUGGCUGACGUCGAAUCGCUGCGCUCUCUUCACAAACUCACACAUCUGGUCCUCCUGGAGAACCCCAUCACACGGAAGGAGAACUAUCGCUACUGGAUUAUCUGGCUGGCACCCUCCGUGCGAUUCCUCGACUACCAAAAAGUGAGAGAUGUGGAGCGCAAACAGGCCAAGGAGCUGUUCGGAACCGUCGAGCAACCCUCCGCCCUCGCCUCAAAGAUCAUGGGCAUCAAGUCCCGGGCGUUCGAUGCCUCUAGCGCCGCCGCCACGACUGGCCAAGCCGACAAGGCUAUCCGCGUCAAACUGACCGAUGCCGAGAGAAAGCGUGUGGAGAAGAUGAUCCGUGAGGCGAAGAGCUUGCAGGAGAUUACACGACUCGAGAAGGAAUUGAACGAGGGACGGAUACCCGGCGGUCCCGACGCCGAUGGUGAUGAGAAGAUGCAGAUGUGAGUUUCUUGCAUCUUACGGGGGUAGACCUUGAACAUAUCAUGCCUGCUUUGUUUUCAUCUGCUUCUCCGGGCUCAGAUCUUCGUUUCGUUUUUUCUUUCCUGUUACGGUCGUUGGGAUUCUCAUAUUAUACCUGGCCUUUUCACUUGCGGGGUUGUGUGUGUUUCAUUCUGGGGAUUUUAUUGCUCGCUAUGCAUAGGUGUCUACCUGUGCGGUUUGUUAAGGCUUCGAGAAUUAGCAUUAUGGAGCUAGAUUUUCAUACCCAAAAAGUCUUCUUCCGUU